AUUGCAUUUUUUGUUUUGAGUGUUAUAAGAGAGAGAGGAGAGAAAGUGAACUUUGACAAACACUCUCAAUAAACAAAACACAUAAAUUAAGAGAAAAGUAACCAAACCAAUCUCAACCUUCUCCUACUUAAUCCAUACUCCCAGGUCUGUUCUUGAGUCCCAGCAUUGGAAAAUCUCUAAGGUUUCAAAAAAAUUGCUAAUUUCACUCUGGGCAUAUAGAUUUCUGGGUUUCGAGAUUGUUUCAGAAGUCAAGCUACUUAUUCUUUCACCUUCAUUCUUUUUUUGUUGAUGAUUGAUCAAUUUUCUUGUUCGGCUACUGGAUGUAACCUGCAAGCUGUUGACUCGUGACACAGUUGUUCAUCUUAGGCAUGGCUCACUGGGACCAAGUUAAUUAGCUUGUGCCCUGAUCAUCAAUGGAUUGACUGUUCUGAAAGUAAUUGAACAUUCAUUGUAUACACUGGUUUAGUGUGCAGUUUAAAUAUGUUGCUCUGUGAAGUCAUUUCACCAAAUCUAGGACACUUAGCACACUAUCACCAGAAUUGUGCACUGCUUUAAGCAUUGAGUAGAUGCAUUCUUCUUGGUCAAAAGAAGAUAUGUCUCGUCCACUUCUCUUCCUUAUUACUGAUGGUUUGGGUUCAAUUGUUAUACUGUUUGUCAUUAUGCCAAUGGCAAUGGCAACCCUGGUCCAUUAUGGUUUGGUGAUCAGAGGACACAAAUUGUAUUAUCUAGCACUUCUCAGCAUAGAAAUCAGCAACAUGUUUCAUAGAAUUUUGGUUCACUGUUUUUUAAGUGGUGGUUCAUGAUUGGCUUGUUCUUUAUUCUUUUGGAUGUUGGCAGGUGGGGCUUUUCCCAGUGGUAUCACUGGCAUGAAACUGUGGAUUUUCAACAUAUUUGAAAGUGUACUAGUUUGUUUAAUGGGCUGCUUUUGCUCAAAGAAAGCUCACCCACAAGGGUAUGAGAAUCCUAUCGUUCUUGCUGCUGAAACACGUUUUACUGUCAAUGAAGUAGAGGCUUUAUAUGAACUUUUUAAGAAAUUGAGCAGUUCAAUAAUUGAUGAUGGGCUCAUUCACAAGGAAGAAUUCCAGCUUGCACUCUUCAAGAACAGAAAUAAAAAAAAUCUCUUCGCGGACAGGGUUUUCGAUUUAUUUGACAUAAAGCGCAAUGGGGUUAUUGAGUUUGGAGAAUUUGUUAGAUCAUUGGGUGUCUUUCAUCCAAAUGCACCUGUAGAAGACAAAAUUGCAUUUGCUUUUAAAUUAUAUGACCUGAGGCAAACCGGAUAUAUUGAGAGAGAGGAGUUGAAGGAAAUGGUCUUGGCACUUAUGCAUGAAUCAGAAUUGGUACUUUCAGAUGAUGUUAUUGAAGUAAUUGUGGAUAAGACUUAUAAUGAAGCAGAUGCAAAAGGUGAUGGAAGAAUUGAUCAAGAAGAGUGGAAGGAAUUUGUUUUGAAAAAUCCUUCUCUGUUAAAGAACAUGACUCUACCGUAUUUAAAGGAUAUAACACUAGCAUUUCCCAGCUUUGUUGUAACUUCUGAAGUUGAAGAAUCAGAAAUAUGACUUGGAAUUCCAUAAAGAGGUAUAUAUCAACUAUUUCAUGUCCCAUGAUGGUGAAAUAUUUUGAACUACCUUUUAUAUGAUGGAAUGUGGACUUUGGAGGAUAUAAUCUCUAACUACAGUCGAAGAACGUACUGAAGAGUUUGCAACUCCAUGAAGCAUAGCCAACAAACUAAGACUCGCUCCCCAGGCUGCACAUUAUCUUUGCUAUCUUCAAAUACAUGUUCACGGAAUGCGGCUGGUACCAAUAAUUUGUAUAUAGGUUUCAUUUCUAAUUCUAUACCGAAAGUUUUUAAAUAAACUGUAAACUGAAUAGAGAUAAAUGUAUUUCAUAUUGUAUAUAUUCCAUGCUGCAAAUUACUGGCUAUGA